UAAGCUAUUGAUAAAAAAUGAUACGUGAGGGUAAAAAUAUCUAUUUGCGUUGAUAUAAAUAUCGGAAUAUGUUAAUCGAACAUCAUUGUGUUCUCAACGAAUCAAUAACAACAACAUGCGUGUCUUGGCUAUCCUGGCCUUGUGCCUGGCUGCAGUAGCAGCUGUCCCAUCCAGCUCCCAAAGGAUUGUGGGAGGAUCGGUGACCACCAUCAGCCAGUAUCCUAGCAUUGCUUCUCUGUUAUACACAUGGAACUGGAGCAGCUACUGGCAGGCAUGCGGUGGUACCAUCCUCAACAACCGCUCCAUCCUUACUGCUGCUCACUGCACAAUCGGUGACGCCGCAGGCAGAUGGCGUAUCCGCGUAGGCUCUACCUGGGCCAACAGCGGUGGUGUCGUUCACAACGUCGCCCAGAACAUCGUCCACCCUCAAUACAAUCAAGGAGGUCGUUACAACAAUGACAUCGCUAUCCUUCGCUCCGCCUCCACCUUCUCUUUCAACAACAAUGUUCAGGCUGGAUCCAUCGCUGGUGCCAACUACUACCCCGGUGACAACCAGGCUGCCUGGGCUGCUGGAUGGGGUGACACUUACGCUGGAUCAAACGCUGGCUCCGAGCAGCUCCGUCACGUCCAGGUUGUCAUCAUCAACCAGAACCAUUGCAGAAACCAAUACGCCAACACUAUCUACACCAUCACCGACAACAUGUUGUGCUCCGGCUGGCCCAACGGUGGUCGCGACCAGUGUCAGGGUGACUCUGGUGGUCCUCUCUACCACAACGGCAUCGUUGUUGGUGUCUGCUCUUUCGGUAUUGGUUGUGCUCAGGCUCAAUACUCUGGUGUCAACGCUCGUGUGUCUCGCUACACCUCUUGGAUUUCCGCUAAUGCAUAAGACUGAUAUUUAGACUAAAAUUCCUUUUUUAUGUACACAAUAAAUUUUAUGCUUCAAUCAA